AUGGCAGCACCUGUUGAGUCAGGACUUCUGUCAAGCGGGGUUAAGGGUGCUCGUUUGAGAGAGGAACAGCAGAGGAGCAGAGGAGGAGAGCAGGUGGAGCUGGCACUGCAGGAGGGUGUGGAGGGUGUGGAGGGUAAGAGAGAGCAACCUUUAGAGCAUGGCGUGAGUUCUGAGGCCGAUGAAAUGGUGGACUGUGGUGCAGGGACUGGGGCGGAUUCAGGGAAGGCGUGUGGUAGAAGGGAGCGGUUGGAUGGAUUGAGCAGUGCUGAGGAUGAGAGGCAUGCUGGCAAGGAGGCAUUGCUAUCGCUGAGCCCGAGGAACAAGGUGCAGGAGCCGAGUGUGUCAGCAGGUGGAGGGUCUGUUGCAGGUUUAGAAGCGGAGAAGCACAUGGAGCAGGACAGGCACAUGGUGCAUGUUGCACAGUCCACACAGCAGCAGGUGCUGCGCAAGAAAGAGCAGCUGAUGUCGCGACAGCAGGUGCAGCUGGAGCAAGCAGAACACAUGUCGGUGUGGCAGCUGUUGUCAUCCUGGUGGGCUGAAGAGGUGCUCACAGUGUGGGUGGAACAAAUGAGCGUGGGGUCAUGCUCGGGCAACCAUAAGGGCGGCGGCAACGACGGCGGUGGUGCAGGCGCGGAGGGGUGGUUGGCCAAGUACGCAUUCCUGGCGGUGGACGGCAGGGAGGACUCCGCGCACGCAGCGGAGCGGGGAGAUGCGGGGACGAGGGGCGCGGAGGCGGAGGCGGAGGCGGAGCGAGGGCGGAGGAACACGGUGGAGGUGGUGGCGGCCCUCGCGCUCGUCGCGCACCUGUCUGGCGGUGUGUUUCCGCAAGGCGCGCCACUCCCCGGCGGCAUGGCAGCGCAAGCUGGAGCAGCUUCUGCCGCCACACGCAUUCACUCUGCACGGGAGAGUGGUGGUGGUGGUGGUGCCAACGCGCGAGCAACAGCUCGCAGCGGAGAGGGCGCGGCGCAGGCUGCAGCGGCAGCAGGGCGCGCAGGGGGGGGAUGCAGCGGGCGGGGGGGGCCGGUGGAGGUGCAGGUGGUGGUGGCGGGGCUGUCGCGCCUUCCCCGUGGGCUGCCUCCGUGCGCCUUGGCGCUCGUCACAGCCGUGUGUGCGCCGCCCUCCGCUGCACCCACUGCCUCAGUGUCCUCUCUCUGGCCGCCCUCCAGGAUCCACGCUCUCCUUUCCGCCCCAGCGCCACUCAUCCUCAUCUUGGGCCACCACCCCACUCUCUCAGCCGGCAGCGACACGUGGCGCCAGGUCAUUGGCCUGUUAAAGGCCCAAGGCAGGUUCAUGGAUUUGGAGCAGGGUGGGGGAGCGGUGGCGAGGGCGAUAGCAGCGAGGCGGGUGGCAGUGGAGGAGAUGCGGUGCAUGGUGCAGGGCGCUCGAGCAGCGCCUGCUGGGACCAGCAUGGGGGCCGCCUCACCAGACGCCACAGGCUGGCAUGACCUGCCAUGCCAUGGACGGUCAUUCUCACCUUCAUUCUCAUGUUCGCACAGCAGCAUCAGGUGUUCUGUCCCACCCUACCCAGCACCAUAUUCUCCUAGCCUUUCCCCUCCUUCUCUCUGCCGGCAGGGCCUGUUCUCCCCGUUGUUUGGGGAGGCCUUGCAGCGAGCGGAGUCAGUGGAGGUGGUGCUGUGCCUCUGGCGAAUCCUGAAGGGCCGGCAUGGCGGACGAGACGGCAAGCCCGCCGCCACCUGGCUACCGGCAGGGCCGGAGUGGGCAGACGAUGAGGUGCCUCGGCGGGUGUUGAACGACAUUGUGCAUGUGGACGUGGUCGGCGACCUUUGUCUCAUCUGGUCCACCGAUGUGGUGCGGCUGUGGGCGUUGGAGUCAGAGGGGCGUGUGCAGCAGAGUGUGCAGCGCAUGCACCGCCACCUGUGCUGCUACUCGCCCGCCUACCUGCACUACUGCGCGCUGCACCAGUACUGCCCCUCCUCGCCCCGCCUGCGCGUGCCAGCCCUCCUGCCUCACCACCGCAACAUGCAGUGGUGGCCAACACCCUCCGGUGUGAGCGCAACAUCAUCAGCGGACGUGGUGACACCGCCCAAGUUCAUUGCCCUGCAGCCCGCCGUGGCACUCACGCUGCUGGCGCGGGGCGGCGGUGCGCUUGCAGCGUCGCUGGGCCACCUGCCGUUUGAGGUGAACGCGGAGGAGAGGGCCGCCAUCCUCUGCCCCUCCAGCCUUGUUGUGCACGGCCGCUCCGGCACAGGCGCGGGCGAUGGCACGGGGGUGCUGCGGCAGGUGGUGGUGACACGGAGCCUGCAGCUGUGUGCGUCCAUUCAAGCCGACAUCACCCAUGCGUCCCAGUCGCUCGCUGCACUCGACUCUGCUCACCGUGCCUCGCAGCCCAGCGUGGGCCUCCACAGCAGCACGGAGCAGCAGGAGGCGCCACAGCAGCAGCAGCCCGCCCCGCAGGUCCCGCCUCCGCCUACCGGCGACGGCAGCGCCAGCAGUAGCAGUGCGCAGAGGAAGCACAGGCAUCACAUGCUGCUGAUGCAGGAGGACCUAGAGGCCUCUCUCAUGGGCUCCCUGCCCUCAUGCAUUGCCGCCAUCCCCCCCACGGCCUUCCCCCUCGCCCUCACGCUCUCCAGGCUGCUGCGCCUGCUGGACGCCUCAGUCACCCGCCCCUUCCUCCGGGCUACGCAGCGGCAGCGCGAGAGAGAGGUGGCGAGGCGGCGUGUGGUGGUGGCUAUCGAGAUGAGCGCUCACGGGGUGAGGGAGGCGUGGGAGCAGGAGGAGGGGGGGAGGGCGUGGGGUGGACACGUGGAGAAGGAGAGAUGGGAGGCGAGGAAUGGCGGGGCACGGGGAUGGGGACGAGGAGCAGGUGAGCACAGCAGGGGUGGGCGAAGGGAAGGGCUCUGGGAUGAAUGGCAGCAGGAAACGGAUGAGGAGGUCACAGCGGGGAAGGAGGAGGAGCAGGAGGAGGAGGAAGUGGAGGUGGACUAUGAGCGGUUCAGAAGGCAAUACUGGCCGCACUUGGACCAGCGGGCGUUGCGGCACGUGGUGGUGGACGCGGCGUUUGUGUGGCGCGAGAUCACGUCGCACAUCAAGGGCAGCCUGCAGGCCUUGCACGCGCUGCAGCAGGGCCAGCAGGGCCAGCAGGGCAGCAGCAGCACAGGGCAUGUGGUGGUGGGCGAGGAGGAGUACGUGCGCGGCAUGGUGGGCAGCAACGAGCGCACGAGCACCAUGGGCGAGCGGGACAGGCGCGCCGUGUACCGGCUCUUCCAGGCGUACGAGCGGCGCAAGCGGCAGCGCGGCGAGUAUGACAGCGCCGACCUCGUGCUGCACCUGCACCAUGAGAUCCGCCGCAUGCAGCAGCACAAUGAGCCCUGGUGGUCCGUACACCACGCUCUCCCCGGCCCGCCGUGGGCCUGCCCUGGAAGCACCACCACCACCGGGCUCCACCGCACUCCACCUGCCAGCACACCCAGUGCUCCAUGGUCGGCGUCGUGCUGUGGCCCUUGCGCUCCCGUGUUCCACUGUGUGUCGGUGGACGAGGUGCAGGACCUCACUCAGGCGCAGCUGGCGCUGCUGCCUCUGCUGUGUGGCAAUGUGGCCUCGGGGUUUGUGUUGGCGGGGGACACGGCGCAGAGCAUCGCACAUGGCGUGGACUUCCGAUUCGAGGACCUUGCCCGGGUGGUGUACAGCGAGUUUCUGCACAAAGGGGAUGGGACUCGGCAGGAUCGCAGCAGCAGCAGCAGCAGCAGCAGCAGAAGCAGCAGCAGCAGCAGCAAGGUGGCAGGGGAGGCGGGCAUGAAGGCGCUGCCGACGUUCCAGCUGGUGCGCAACUACCGCACGCACCGCGGCAUCAUCCGUGUGGCGUCCACCGUGGUGCGCCUGCUCACGGCCUUCUUCCCCACCGCCAUCGACCGCCUGCACGCCGAGACCAGCGUGGUGGACGGGGCUGUGCCCAUCAUGGCGUGCGUGCCGCCUGAGUGGAAGACGCACCUCGCCCAGGGCAUGCCGCUCAGCGCCACUCAGGCCAUCAUCGUGCGCAGCAGCGAGGAGAAGCGGCGCCUCUUGGCGCUGUUUGCAGCAAAGCCGGUGGUGCUGACGGUGGAGGAGUGCAAGGGUCUCGAGUUCCAGGAUGUGAUUCUCUUCAACUUCUUCGCGUCGCCGCAGUCCACCACCCCAUGGGCACUCCUCUACACAUACAUGCGCGAUGCCGGCCUGCCACUCGCUGCGCUCUCCCGCUGCUCCUGUGCUACCAGCAGCAGCCGCAGCAUCAGUGAAGGCUGUUUCUGUGGGAAGGGUCAGCAGCAGCUGCUUCAAUUCGACGAGCUCAAGCACUGCGCGCUGUGUGUGGAGCUGAAGCAGCUGUACGUGGCAGUGACGCGCGCCAAGCAGAGGCUCUGGGUGCUGGACGAGGAGGCCACUCCAAGCGAUGGCCAUAGCCAUGGCUAUGCUAACAGUGACGGCCGCAGCAGGGCGUGGGGAGUGGGCAGCAGUGCGCCCAUGAGGGACCUGUGGCACGCCCUGGGUGUGGUGGCGGUGCGGCGAGGCAGCGAGGUGACGCCCGAGUCGGUGAAGCGCAAGCCAGAUGAGGACGACUGGCACUCCCGUGCCUUCACCGUCAGUUUUCUGCCCUCUCCAUCUUUUCUGCCCUCUCCAUCUUUUCUGCCCUCUCCAUCUUUUCUGCCCUCUCCAUCUUUUCUGCCCUCUCCAUCUUUUCUGCCCUCUCCAUCUUUUCUGCCCUCUCCAUCUUUUCUGCCCUCUCCAUCUGUUCAGGGCUCUCUCUUGUUUCGCGCAAUUUGGCCUGGCUUACCUAUUGUGCUGCAUUGCAUCCUUCCAUCACCAACUCACCCACACUCGUUGUCUUUGUGUCUCAACCUUGCGUCUCCCCUCCCCGCCGUGCAGUUCUUCCAGAGGGGAGACUACGAGGCAGCGCAGGCGAGCUAUGAGCGAGCGGGUGACACGGACAGUGCGCGCUUCGCCCAUGCCAUGCUGCUGUACAAUACUGCCCUGGCCCGCAUGCACCCACACCCACUCGCUGACAUGCCUUCCCCGCCACCGUCCUCACAACAUGCACAUGCGUCGCCGCCGCUGCUGCCAGCUGUGCCGCCCAGCCUGUGGGAGCGCAGCCCGUCUGAGCUGCUGCUGGAGGCGGCGCGCACGUUUGAGGAGAUCGGGAGGAACGCAGAGGCGGGGCGUGCGUAUGUGAAGGCGAGGAACUACGUGGAGGCAGUCUAUCUGCAUGCAUGCCGGCCCCCGAAGCACAUGGACGCUGCGCGCUGCUACCAGAAGCUGGGUCGGUUCGCGGAAGCAGCUGAUUGCUACAGUGCAGGCGGCGACAUGCACAGUGCUCUCCUCGUGUGCUUGCGAACUCGCAUCUUCCAAAAGGGCCUAUCCCUUCUGGACACCUGGCAGCCACCAGCAUCUACGUCAGCAGCAGCAGUGCAGGGGGGGCUGCAGGUGGUGCAACUGAGAGGAUGGUACGUGGUGGAGUGUGCGCGGUGGCAUGAGAGGCAGCGUGAGUACGACCACAUGCUCUCCUUCAUCCGCCUUCACCACUGCCUGCCCACCAAGCGGGCCUUCCUGGAAGCAGGGCGGCAUCUGAGGCAAGUGGCGGCACUAGAGGACGAGCAGGGCGACAAGAGCCGUGUGCCGGGGCUGCUGCAGAGAGCAGGUGCGCUGCUAGAGGCGGCGUGGUACUUGUGGCAGCAGGGCUCGAGUGGGCGCGCACUCGUGUGCUUUGCUCGCCACUUGCACUGCCGCUUGAAUGCCGCCGGGCGCGGGGCGUUGCGGGUGGGGAUGCGGAAACGGGCAGGGGAGAGGGGGAGGGGUGGCGGAGGCGCGGAGAUGAGCGGGGAGGAGGUUGAGAUGGCUGGGAGGCUGAGGGCGGUGGAGCGGUGGAGCUUUGCUGAGAGGGACGCGUGUGGGGCGAGCGACCUGGCAUGGGCGAGGGUGGAGAUGAGCGUGCUGCUGCUGGUGAUGGCCCAUGAUAUUGCCACUCACACUCACACUGACAGUGACGCUGCUGCUGCUGUGAGAGGGGAUGAUGGUGAUGGCUGCCAGGCAGCAGUGGGUCCCAGGGCGGGUGGAGAGGGAGCGGCAGUGCAGUGCAGGGCGGGUGGUGAGAUGGCUAGGGUGAGGGAUGUGGAGUGGGAGGCGCGCUUGUCUCGCGCAUGGAUGGCUGUCAGGCAGGGGCAGGCCGUUCCAGCUGAGCUUGUAGGGAAGUGCACGGGCGCGGCUGGUGCAGAGGCAGGGAAUGACGGUGGCGGUAGAGGCGGAGAGGGCGGGCGAGAUGGGGCGAGUGGGGGGAUUGCGGUGUGGUGGGCGGCCGUGAAUGUUGGGGAGGAGGAGAGGGAAGAGGCGGAGGAGAUGUGGCAGGGGAGGGACGUGCUGAGGAAGGGGCGAGAGCAGAUGGAGAGGGAGAAGAAACGAGGCGUGGCAGGAGGGUUGGGUGUGAAGGAGUGCGCCCAGGACCACCUCUCUUCAUGCCUGGCGCACUUCCACUCUGCCUUGCCCUCCUCCUCGCACCACGUGUGCUCUCCUCCACAUACAACACCAUCCACUGCUGCUACCCCUGCAUCACCUUCAGCGUCUCCCUCUGCUGCCAGUACCGCCAGUGGUGCAAGGGUAGUCGCAGCGCCAGCAGAGGAGGCAGCGGUGCGGCAGGUGGGUCAGGAGACUUGCACGCCCCCUCCGCGGCCCAUCGGCCCUCUCCAACGAACGGCAGCUCUCUGGUUCUACCGCUGGCUGUCCCGCCUCUCCGCCCUGCUGUCUGCUCUGCGCCACCUCCACGCCCUGCCCGCUGCUGGCCCGCACCUGCCCCGCCUGCACGGCGCCUUCUCCCUGCUCUCCUGCUCCUUCCACCGCCACGCCCUCACCUCGUGCUGCCACGUGGACGACGUGUCGCUACCGUGGGUGCCAAGGGGUGAUGUGCGGAGAGUGGCGAGCAGCGGGGCGAGUGGGGAGAUGGAGGGGAGGAGGGCGGUGGAGAUGGUGGAAAGUGCGUGGGAGAGGGAGUACGUGAGCAUGUGGAGGGAAGCACAGCAGGUGGAGGGAAGCACAGCAGGUGGAGGGAAGCACAGCAGGUGGAGGGAAGCACAGCAGGUGGAGGGAAGCACAGCAGGUGGAGGGAAGCACAGCAGGUGGAGGGAAGCACAGCAGGUGGAGGGAAGCACAGCAGGUGGAGGGAAGCACAGCAGGUGGAGGGAAGCACAGCAGGUGGAGGGAAGCACAGCAGGUGGAGGGAAGCACAGCAGGUGGAGGGAAGCACAGCAGGUGGAGGGAAGCACAGCAGGUGGAGGGAAGCACAGCAGGUGGAGGGAAGCACAGCAGGUGGAGGGAAGCACAGCAGGUGGCGGGAAGCACAGCAGGUGGAGGGAAGCACAGCAGGUGGAGGGAAGCACAGCAGGUGGAGGGAAGCACAGCAGGUGGAGGGAAGCACAGCAGGUGGAGGGAAGCACAGCAGGUGGAGGGAAGCACAGCAGGUGGAGGGAAGCACAGCAGGUGGAGGGAAGCACAGCAGGUGGAGGGAAGCACAGCAGGUGGAGGGAAGCACAGCAGGUGGAGGGAAGCACAGCAGGUGGAGGGAAGCACAGCAGGUGGAGGGAAGCACAGCAGGUGGAGGGAAGCACAGCAGGUGGAGGGAAGCACAGCAGGUGGAGGGAAGCACAGCAGGUGGAGGGAAGCACAGCAGGUGGAGGGAAGCACAGCAGGUGGAGGGAAGCACAGCAGGUGGAGGGAAGCACAGCAGGUGGAGGGAAGCACAGCAGGUGGAGGGAAGCACAGCAGGUGGAGGGAAGCACAGCAGGUGGAGGGAAGCACAGCAGGUGGAGGGAAGCACAGCAGGUGGAGGGAAGCACAGCAGGUGGAGGGAAGCACAGCAGGUGGAGGGAAGCACAGCAGGUGGAGGGAAGCACAGCAGGUGGAGGGAAGCACAGCAGGUGGAGGGAAGCACAGCAGGUGGAGGGAAGCACAGCAGGUGGAGGGAAGCACAGCAGGUGGAGGGAAGCACAGCAGGUGGAGGGAAGCACAGCAGGUGGAGGGAAGCACAGCAGGUGGAGGGAAGCACAGCAGGUGGAGGGAAGCACAGCAGGUGGAGGGAAGCACAGCAGGUGGAGGGAAGCACAGCAGGUGGAGGGAAGCACAGCAGGUGGAGGGAAGCACAGCAGGUGGAGGGAAGCACAGCAGGUGGAGGGAAGCACAGCAGGUGGAGGGAAGCACAGCAGGUGGAGGGAAGCACAGCAGGUGGAGGGAAGCACAGCAGGUGGAGGGAAGCACAGCAGGUGGAGGGAAGCACAGCAGGUGGCGCGCACUGGAGGUGUCGAUUGCUCUUCUCGCCUGCUCUCUUGUCUGUGUGUGACCCGUGCUCUAUUUGAGGGGAUGGGGAGGGGCAGUGACGCACGUGCGGGUGAGGUGAAUCAUGGGCCGUUUGCAUUGGGGAGAGCCGAGCAAGCAGCAGCAGAUGCGCCUGUGCCUGUUGCCCAGUCAUGCUGGCAUGGAGAUGUGAAUGUGACAGAGGAGGACGCAUGGGGAAUCACGCUGCUGUUCCUCACAUGCAUGCUCAAUCCGCAUCCCUACAGCGGCGGAUCAAGGGACAGGGGGUUGGUGGAGCUGGAGGCACGCAUGUGCGUGGCGUGUGUGCGGGGCAACCCUCUCAUGGCUCCCUCCAUUGACGGGCUCACUCACGCCCUCUCUGCCCGUGCCUUGCUGCAUCAGGCGUCGCCCCUCCCCAACGUGCAUGGGGACUCUGGCAGGCUGCUCCACUUCCCCUGGAAGUCCUCCCUGCUGCCACUUGCCCCGUCACUUCCUCCUGUUCCCGCCAUCCCGCUCCUCCCGCACCCUCCUGCUGCCAUCUUCAACGCCUCACCCCCACUUGCACGCUUGCUGUUUGACUUGCUGCGUCACCUGCUGCCCACCUUGCGUGCCAUGCGGGAAAGGGGAGAGGCGCCCACAGGGCCUGGCCGGAUGGGGGGAAGCGAAUGUGGGGAGGCGAUGUAUGGAUGGGAGCUGAUGCGUGCUUUUGAGGAAUUCGGUAUGGGCAUGGUCGAGAUAGCCCCAUCGCAGUUUCAAGCCUUUUGGAAGAGGUUUCCAAAUACAAUUGGCCGGUCAGGCAAAGUGUGA